UGGGUGGAAAAGCUGUUGGGUUCAGUCCGACUGGAAAAGAAGUGAAGGUAAAGCAGGUUACUUUAAACACGCUGCUGAAAGUGGCACGGAGACCCAGAUGAUAAAGGAAUUCAGACAUCUAGUGAUGCCAAACAUUUUGCCAUAUCUGCAAAGAUACCGGAGUUCUCUAACAAGAACAGAACCUUGGUCCUCCAAUAUUCUGUAAGGUUUGAGCAGGAAAUUGAAUGCGGUGGGGGUUACAUAAAGCUUAUGUCUGGAUUUGUUAAUCAGAAGAAAUUCAGUGGGGAUACUCCUUACAAACAUGCCAUCGCUGAACUCGUUUUUCGCCUGAACAACCCCCUCCUCUUUCUUCCUCGUUCUGUCAAUUAUACUUUCUCAGGUAUACAGAAUUUGCUGGGGCAGUUCCUACUAGACCUGCACAGGACAGUCAGGACUUGGCAUUUUCAGUUUCAAGGUUUAUACAAAAUGGUGGUUCUUUUGCCAACUACUACAUGUACCAUGGAGGAACGAAUUUUGGCCGAACUGCUAAUAUGGUAUGCAAUCUGGCAGAAAGAGUGAUCCCAGGAAUUGAGUUGGUGCGGUUAGCAUCAUGGUGUUUGCAGUAUGAACCUCGUGAGAGGCCAAAUGCCAAGUCUCUUGUGAUUGCCCUUGUUCUUCUUCAAAAGGAAACUUCGUUGAAGCGUAAAGAUAUUAUAUCAGCUUUUGUUUCAUGUAUAGGUAGUUAGGAAUGAUUUCUUGUUUGG